UUAGAGACCGCCGUGUUUGGCACUUGUCCAUUUCCUGGUUCGCCCUGCUGGGAGCGGCUGUUGCCCUCCCGGCAUGCUGUGCGACUUCCCGACUUUCCUGCUGGUCUACAGUACAAGGGGACUGGAAUACGGCUGAGCGUCCCCGGGGCAAUGCGGAGGACGUGUCUCUGGACGUUAGUGAAAUGUCUCAGCGUGUCCGGCCUGCUCGUCCUGUCUGCUCACAUCUUCACCGUGAAGAGGACAGAUCCGGCGAGGCCGAGCCCCCUCCCAGCCGCCGAGUACCGGCUCCUCUCCCCCAACACCUACGAGUACACCCUGACCCCGGCCGCUGUGUUCAGGGACACCCCUCCCUUCCUGCUCCUUCUGGUCCCUGUGUCCCCUGGGGCAGCUGCAGCCAGGGACGCCAUCAGGCAGACAUGGGGGGCUCCACGGCGGGACAGCCGAGCACUGUUCUUUGUGGGGCUCCCUGAGGGGGGGCGGGGCUCUGAUGUCCAGGCCGAGCUGGAGGAGGAGAGCAGGACACAUGCCGACAUUGUCCAGAUGGACUUCCAGGACAGCUACCACAACCUGACCAUCAAGACCCUGAUGAUGAUGAGCUGGCUGGCCAGCCACUGCCCCAAGGCCUCCUACGCCAUGAAGGUGGACGCGGACAUCUUCGUCAACGUCUACCUCCUGGUCCGCAUGCUGAGGAGCUCGCCGCGGCGAGGCUUCAUCACCGGCUCGGUGAUCAGUGACGGCCGGCCCCGCAGGGACAGCAACAGCAAAUGGGGUCUGCCGGAGGAGCUGUACCCCGCCGACAGCUUCCCCCCGUACCUGUCCGGAGCCGGCUACGUCUUCUCGGCAGACAUGGCGGCCAGGAUCUCCUGGGCGUCGCGGUUUGUCCGGAUGCUCCCCCUGGAGGACGUGUACGUGGGCCUGUGUCUGCGCGUGCUGGCGGUGCGGCCGGUGUACUCCCGCAGCCUGAUGCCCCCCAGGAACUUGUUUGAGAUCCGGCACCUGGACUACGACAGGUGCACCUUCGCCAAACUGGUCAUUGUCAACAGGUUCACGCCUUCCCAGCUGCUGCACAUGUGGCGGGACUUCGACUCAGGCUACAGCAGCUGCUGACUGCCAUUCUUGGGUUAACCCUAACCCUCUCAGCAUUAACCCUCCUGUUGUCCUCGGGUCAAAUUUGACCCCUUUAAAUCUGAAAUAUGGGUUUCUUUUUAACCAAAUUACCACAAAAAAUGGAUUGGAUGCCUUAAAAUGCUUCUUGCAAAUACAAUUAAUCCCUUUUAGGGCUGCACAAUUAU